AUGACCGUAACUAAACAAAACCCUUCAUUGAGCGAAUAUGAACAGUUACAAGAAUUAUAUUCAACUACGCUUAAAUGUCCGUGUUCAAACAUGAUAAUGCCAUAUUCUACUGUCAUUUCAUUUUCUGUAACUCUACAUGAAGUGUGUAAGAGUGAUUUUGUUAAUGAAUCAUGGAUUUUACUGAUGGCAUUAACAUCCUCGAUGAAUACAUAUGAUGGUCUUGAUGACAAACACUUUCGACUGUUGUCUUUCUUAUGUGAUCUAAUUAAUGAAACAAUUGAUGAUGCUAUUCGUCGCUUUACACAACGUUCCUUGAUCACCCCGAAUUUACUCACUGCAACAAAUGUAAUUACUGAACUCGAUACAGCUUUCAAUCAAACCAUUCAAACAUUGGUUACCAAUUUUAAUCUGCUUGUCAAUAUAAGCAAUCUUUUUAACCAGGUCGAUCAGCCUUUUACAAUGUCGGAUAAUGCAAAAUCAGCAUUCAUUGUAACAAAUAGCAAUAAUUCUGAAGAAAUGCCUCAAGUGUCAAUUCGUUUGGCGAGUGUAACAAGUGAGUAUGAAUCUUCAACGAACUGCAUUUGUGCCACUCAUCCUCAUUGUCAAAGAGCGACUAUUCAUCAUGAUUGGAAAAAUAUCUCAUUAUGUGGUACGAUAUCGAAUGUCUCCUAUGUGAUACCAGGCAUGACGAUAGGAUGUUUCAUUCUUAAUUCUCUUCUACUUUCGACGUUGGAAUGUUUGUAUUCCGAAUGUUGUCUUUCAGUGUUAAAUUACUAUAUAAAUGUAGCAUAUAUGCGUGAAUAUACAAAUAUACUAUGGUUUGAUGCUCACCAUCUUGUUUAUAAUCCUGCAUCAAGUAGAUUUCCUCCAAAUACUUCUAUUAAGAUGAUCAUUAAAGAAAUGAUGAUUGAACAAAGGCAAUCAUCCUUUUCAUUUCCAAAUUAUUAUGCAACAUGUGCACCAAUUUAUUGUGCAUAUUCUGACCGAGUAUAUACGUACGAUUUCCUUCAAAUAGUGAUAAAACUAAUAUCCAUAAUCAGUGGUCUUACUGUUGCUUUACGAAUAUUUACACCAUUGAUCGUCAAUAUUGUGUUUUAUUUAUUAAAACCCAAACUUCAAACACAACCAUCAUCACAAGUUCGUCCGAAAUUAACCGUCCAAAUAAGAAAAUUAUUGCGACAAUUUCUUACAUUAUUAUACACAAAAUCAAUCGAUGUAAACAUAUUUCCUCUUCGAACAUUUGAAAAUCAUAUUGAUCGAAGAAGAGCCAAACGUCUUGGUCAAUUAGCUACUCGUCUAUAUAUAAUCCUUCUUAUUAUUAGUCUUGUUAUUGCAACAUUUUAUACUAUUAUUGAACCUCGAACUUUGAUUAAAACUUUUGAUAAACCAUCACUUGAUCUCUACAAUGAACUCCUGCUCGACCAUAAUGGUUCGGUUCAAUGUCCGUGUUCAACAAUCGCAACAACUUAUCAAAAAUACGUCGUGAUUGAACCAGUAUUUCACCAGAUUUGUUCCAACUCAUUUGCUGUUGAUCAAUGGCGAGAGAAUAUUACAGCUAGUCUCGUUCUUUCUAACUACGAUGUGCGAGACUAUCGCCGGUUUCUCUCGGCUCAUUUACAAUUUCUGAUUGGAUUAUGUGAUCUAUCAAUGAAAUCAGUAACCGAUUCUAUUUCACAAUUUCUUUCAUCAUUGUUCAUCACUACUGAACUUCAGUCACCAACAAUUUUUCAAGCACAAAUUCAUUCAUUAAUAAAUAAAAGUAUAUCAAAUGCUCCGGUAACAUUUGCUCGUCUGCUUGCUUUACUUCGAACAACAAAUCAUGGCAAUGCUUUCAUUACAACAUAUGGAACAAAUUUUCAAUAUUAUCUACGUGAAUGGAUUAAAAUUUCACCAAAUUCAAAUACGAAGGAUGGCACCAUGGCACUUACUCGAGCAGUGAUUUAUGAUAAUAAUUGUUCAUGUGCAUUGAAUAAAAGUUGUACAACUUCGGCAGUCUUUACCAACAGACAAUCAUCUUCAAUGGUCCCAAUAAAAGGUUUCAAAAUGGGAUGCACACCAACAGAGUCAUUUCUUCGCUCGACUCUCGAAUGUUUUUAUGAUUUAUCAUGUAUUAAUCUUAUUCAAAAUUUUAGUAACUAUAGUAGCGUCAAUGAUAAUACAAAUAUUACUCUGUACUUAACAAAUUCAAGUCAUUUCUCAAUGAAUACCACUUUUUUCGAUCUUAUCAAUCAACUUUUUGUUGAAACUUGGUCAGCAACAACUAAUCAUUCUGCAUAUUUUUAUCAAUGUUCACCCAUUUUGUGCUCAUAUACUUAUAUUCAACAAUUAAACUCUCUUUACACAGUGACUCUUCUCCUCGGUCUUUACGGUGGUCUCAGUAUUGUUCUCAAAUGGAUAACUCCAAACAUCGUUUAUAUUUUAGCUCAAAUUUGUCAUAAGCAAAAGAAUCGAUCAAGUGUUGUCAAUCCGAAAAACAGUACUAAGAUAACAACCAUUGCGACCAUAGAUACAGUGAGCUCAGUGAAUCUUUCGCAUGCUGCUCUUAAUUCAGAAUCAGUAUACACUACUUCAAUAUCUAAUUUGACACUGAUACGUUUCUUAUUGUUUGGGAUUUUGAUCAUCAUACCUGUAGUGAUGGCUUUUAUUGGUCCAGUUGUUUAUCUUCACCGGCACAGAAAGCAUCUCAGCACAUCCCCACUUUCGUCAACUAGUACAUCACAAAGUACGGUAAAUAUGGUAACAAGUUUCAAUACGGACGCCUUAAUCUCAUCAGCACCAUCCUGUGAGUUAACAUUUCAGACAUCGAUUACAUACACCGUUAACUACACUGGUGAUUUGGGUUUGGGAAUAACAAUGGAAGUCGGAAAUUUCAAUGACGAUGAUUGGCCAGAUAUCGUUUUUACGAACUUUGGCGGUAAUUAUAUAGGUAUCUUGAUUGGAAAUGGUGAUGGCACGUUUGGGGCACCAAGAAUAUAUUGGACUGGAGAUUAUAGUGGCCCCUAUCGUAUGGUUGUUUUUGAUUUUGACCAUGAUAAUCAUUUAGAUCUCGCCGUUAUGCUUGUUGGACCGUCUAAAAUAGGUAUAUUUCUUGGUAGAGGCGAUGGAACUUUUGCAACACCAAUUAUGUUUUCGCUUGGAUCCCUAAUUCUUCCGAAUUCAAUUGCUGUUGCUGAUUUUAAUCGUGAUAAUCAAUCGGAUUUGUGUGUUUGUACCACUGCUCCUGGUGAUAUAAUGAUGUUGCUUGGCAAUCGUGAUGGGAGUUUUGUAGUAUAUCGGAUGAAUUCGACUUACACAUGUCAAGAUUUAGCCGUUGGCGAUUUCAAUAAUGAUGGUGAACUCGAUAUUGCCGUUGUCUCCUUAGCAUAUGUGAACUAUUUUAACGUAUUUUUUGGCAAUGGCCGUGGCAACUUUACUAGAGAAAUGGUAGUAUCAAUAGGACAGUAUAGUUUAAUCAACUCAAUAACUGUUGGCGAUUUCAAUCAUGAUAAUCAAUUGGAUCUUGCCGUAGCGGAUUUUCGAACAAACAAUAUAUGGAUAAUGUUUCAAGAUGAAAACGGAACUUUUCAAACACAAGUAACAUAUUCAACCGGAUAUGUUAGUAGACCAUACUCAAUAAUUACUGGUGAUUUCAAUAAUGAUCAUCAGCCAGAUCUUGCUAUUACAAAUUCGAUCUUAAGUAGCGUAUGUAUUUUUCUUGGUUUGAGUGAUGGAACAUUUUUCGCACAAAAAACAUUUUCUCUUGGAGCUGAAAAUAAUGCAGAUUUAAUUAAGAUUGGUGACUUCAACAAUGAUAACAAAUUAGAUGUGAUUAGCACCAAUAGUGAGACGAGUGUUUUUCAGAUUCUUCUGAACUCGUGUGAUUGUUGCGUAACUGGAUUCAUACAGCAACAUCUAGACACUCAUAAAUGA